GUCUGGUGGUCAUCACACCCGCAGCCGGCUUUGUGACACCUGGCUGGAGCAUUGCCAUUGGUGCCUUGGGAGCUCCCUGGUGUUACCUCACUGUUGAGGCGGUGAACAGGAUCAAGCUGGUGGAUGACACUCUUGACGCCUUCGGCUUGCACGGCUCUGGCGGCUUCGCCGGUGCCAUCUUGACGGGCAUCUUUGCAGUUGACGAAGGCCUCAUCUACAGUGGUAGCUUCGUGCUGUUGGGCAAGCAGAUUGCUGGUGCACUGGCUGGCGUGGCUUUCUCCGCAGUGGGCACUGCCAUCAUCAUGGGAGUCAUGAAGAUGCUCUUCAAGCUUCGAAUUCCAGAAGACCAAGAGCUUGGCGGUGUUGACGAGCACACUCACGGCGAGAGUUACCACAGCCCAGUUAAGAGGUAUGCCCCAGGUGGCCGCAUGACUGAGUCCGAAACAUCAAAAGAGUCCGUCUGGCCGGAUGGCAAGACGAGCAACCAGGCACGCAUCCCGGGCGCCAAGCGCCGGCCGGACGAGAACCAAUUCCUGUGCGCGCGGCGAAUCCUGAAAAGGCAAUUGGAGAUCGACGAGAAUGCCGUGCGAAUCUCACAAGAGGUGGGCUACAUCGAAGAGGAUCGCAGCUCCAGGAGUUACCCUGGCCUCAAGACG